CACACACAUAUAUGUACUCAGUUUGGUUACCAGCCACUCCACAGACAAAGUUCAGGUUUUUUUCUAAAUAGUUUAAAGCAAAUUCUUGGUUUGUUUAGGGCAAAUUAAUCACUCCAGAAAGUUUGAAGGAAGUCAGCCAAAGACUAACACAGACAGACUUUUGGUCGGGCGAUUGGAAGCAUAAACAGCCAUCCUGCUGUCUUUGAACCAUCCUAUGCUAUGUUUUUGUUUUGACCAGCACAGGAAGAGGGGUGAGCUACAAUGUGCACUGGAAAGUGUUCAAAGUGCAUUGGGGUCGUGUUGUUCCCAUUAGCUGUAUGUGCCAUAAUCUCCAAUCUUCUCCUGUAUUUCCCCAAUGGAACUGUUAUAAAGCCCGACCAGAUAACUGAUUUGGUUUGGUUUUUCCAUGGCAUUCUUGGAGCUGGGAUACUGGUUAUUUUGCCAGCGUUUAUGAUGCUGGGCGCAGGUGGAGCUGGAUGUUGCGCUAACAGAUGUGGGAUGCUGCUCUCUGUGCUGCUGGCUGCGCUGGGAGCUGCAGGAGGGGUAUAUUGUGUGGUCAUCUCAUCCUUGGGAUUAAUUAGUGGGCCUCUUUGUGACACUGGUGAUGGACUCUACAUCUACCCUUUCCGGAAUGACACAUUGACAGACAAUUAUUUGUUUAAUCAGACAACAUGGAGCAUUUGCAAAGAACCUGAAAACGUUAUUAUGUGGAAUAUUGUCUUGUUCUCUCUUCUCUUGGGGAUUGGUACAAUUGAAGCUGUUCUUUGCUUUAUUCAAGUCAUCAAUGGACUUAUUGGAUUCAUAUGUGGCACAUGCAUGAGGAAAAGAAAGACACAUAUUGCUGGAAUGUAAAUCACCUACAAAGAAUGCUAGUGACAAGCAUAGACCUGCGAGGAUUCACGUAUAAUCAUAAUGUGUUGUGCUGUAUUUGUGGGGAGAGAGGGACCCCAAGAUGUUCAGGAGUUUCAGAACAACUCCAGAAUAUUUUAUAAAGAUAUCUGGAUGGGGGGUGGAUUAUCUAGAACUUUUGAGGUCAAAGAUUCUUUUUUGUCUCCUCUAAGUACCCAGACUAAAUCUCUGGUAUUGGCAACAUGAUGCUGUCUUUUCAAGAGUGCCUGGCAUAUAUAAACAUUCAAUCACAAACAUUCUCCAAUUAAAAUUCACUGCUUACCCCGCAAGUGCUGCCCUAUGUAGCAAGCAUGUCACUUUGAAGUGCUGACUGUUGUAUAUGGGAAUCUGGACUGAAUGUAAUCAUUGCCAAUAUAAAGAUUUAUCAGCUUUACUGAAUUCAUCCACGCUGGUUGGAUGUCUAAAGUUGCUUAUUAAUACUCCCCAAACCCUGUCCUGGCCCUGUGUAAAACUGGAAUGGAUUCUCUGGCAGUGCUCUGUCUAUGUUUGCAGUGUCGUUGUAACCGUGUUGGUCCCAGUAUAUUAGAGAGACAAGGUGAGUGAGGUAAUACCUUUUAUUGGACCAACUUCCGUUGGUGAAAGACACAAGCUUUCGAGCUUACACAGAGCUCAUCUUCAGGUCAUGCUCUGUCUGUUUCUAUCACUUUGGUACAUAAGCACUGGUCUUCAGUCAUUUAAAGGUCUGGCUCAGAAACGGUAUUUUCAGGACCUAGCAGUAGCAAUGUUGCUUAAAUAGUUCCAAUAUUUGAAGCACAUGGAGGCCCUGUGUAGCAGGCAGUUGGCCAGUAUCUAACCUGCUUUAACCUCUGUGGAGCCAGCCUUCACUCAUACUUCUGUGUGUGCUGUAGUAGGCUGUGGUGGUCUAUAAAGUGCCAAUGCUCCACUGAAAAUCAACACUUCAAAGGCAUGUUAUAUAGCAACCAACUAGUCAAUAACUAGCCUCCUAAAAAUGUCAGACUCACUUCCAGGGGAGUCUGAUAUGAACAUCCUAGUGUAGAACAUUUUCAUACUCAGUAUUUAAUUUUUUUUAAAUUGCAUUUCUGAUCAUUCUUGUGUACGCUUUUCUGAGAAGCUAGCCCCGAAAGGCACCAAAUGGCAUCAUUCUCAGUACUACAGCAAGCACUGAAUCCACAAAGUGCUGCGUGUGAGAUCAAGCCCUAAAUGCUAAAUCCGUGUGAUUGCUAAAAUCUGUGAUUUCAGGAGUGAAUUCUUUGUCAUUUUAUUGGCCACUUCAAAGGUUAAUUCCUACAGUUGCCACUGAUUCUUCUGCUUAAGACAAAAAGUAGUAAGAUAUUUUACAUAUAUAUCAGAAGCUCUUCAAAACUGCAUAACUGUAAAGUUAGGUUACUUUGGAUCUGUUUUGUGAAAGGAGGAACCUUUGUUUCCUCUUUCAAAAAUGUUUUGACUACGGCAUUUGAUCACACAAAUGGGCAUUUUUCCCUGUGCCCAUUAGGAAUUUGCACACAGAAGUAUCCGGUCACUCGUGCUGUCACCUGACAUAUGCAUGCAGAUCCCUAAUUUGAACAAAUAAAUGCUGGUUAUGUUCAGGCAACAGGUGUAUUUUAGGGGGUGCAACUUAAGCACCAAUAUUUGAAAUUUUUGCCCAUCAUGUUUUAAAGCAUAUUCUCUUAAAUAAAAAGCAUGAGAGAAAUACACAGGUUGGCCAAGGUUUUCAAACACAAAUAAAGGAUUUGGAUGCAUCCAAAUUCUUUAAGUGGCUCCGAAAGUUCCACCUUCAUAUGCAGUGAAGUAUGCAAGGGGCUAUGAUCAGAGAUGAGGGGCACAGUACUACUGUCCCUUUUACUGCAGCAAUCUUUUUAUUUUAAAACUGCUGAAAAAUUAAAUAAAAUGCGGCGCUUUCUUUGGCUAAAUUGUGUAAAUUUUGUCCUUUCACUGCAUGAAAACGCACUGCAGAUUACCCUACAUUUAACAAUUUAAAUGCGUUGCUUAUUGUCAUGUCCUGAGAAAUGUGCAGCUGCUGUAGAGUGACCUGUAUGAACGUGCUUCUAGUGUAUUAAACCCUUUGAGCCUGAUUCUCAGUUACACUAAGGGGCCAUAGUGUAACUGAGAAUUCAGGCCUUUGUUCCUAGCACUUCAGCAGUGCUUCACAGCCAGUGUGCGAUCAAAUGGUUCACAGCCACAGUGCUGCAGCCAUGAGUUUACGCAGACAGAACCUGAUAGCAACCAGCUCCUUUCACCCACCUCUCCUCUUCACGCAGGUCCAUGUGUCUGCCCCACCCUACACAAGCUGUCAUGAAGGCCCUCUCCUAGGCCAGCUGGCCUGACCCUCGCCUGACUUUAAGCCACUGAUUCCCCUUUCCUUGCACCACUCAACUCUCCAGACAUGCCCAUAGUGCUGCUUGCUUCACUACUGCCUGCCUGCUUCUCUUUUACUAUCUGCUACUCCCACUCUCCUGUUUCUUGCCUACCCCUCUGCUCUGGCUUCUGGCUGCUCCUGCUCCUAGACUCACCCUCCUCCAUCACUCCAGCUCUGACACAGCCAAUCAUCAGCCACCUGACCACCCCGCACCCACUCUACCCCAACUAGCCUCCCACUUAAUGCUAUUUCUCCCCACCUCCCAAGGAAACCAGACAUUAACUGGCUGGAACAGGUUACACUCUAUUAUGAAGAGCUGCCUCGUUAGAUGUUGUUGCUUCAAAUGAGUUUCUGCAGUGGAAGCAAAGUAAGUGAACAGGCGGCUUGCUGCUAAGAGUUCGGUUGCAAAGAGGGGAGAUGUUAGGGAAAAGCCUAUCUUGAAUAUGGGUCAGGCAGGAGCUUUGGCACAGGGGAACUGCUUUGUAUGUGUAGCUGUGACCAUGAAACUUGGGAGAACUUAUUGGAAAAGCAUUUUCAAGGAAAAGCUGCUUUGAAACUCAUGUAAAGAAACAAUAACUAAUUAGACAACUCUUCAUAAAACACUAUAAUCUCUUACAUUGCAUUACAGCAAGCAGGAAGGAUAAAACAAUCACUAACAAACUCUACUGAGCCUGUAGGAAAAACGUUAACUCUGUUAACAAGGGAACCUAGACUCUGUCGGAACUGGGCAAAUUAUUCAUUGUGAAUACAAUUUCUUUGCAAAUUUACCCUUUUCUUCUGUUUGCAAAUUAUUCCUGUGCUGACCCUGAUUUCUGUCGCUUUAUUCAUUAUUCAGAUGUAUUUGUCAAGUAGUUUAGGCAAACAAAUUUCAGCCUAUCAGAUAUUCAUGAGCAAUCUACUAGGACUGGUCACUUAAGUCACAUGGUAUCAUUUCUGCUCCCUGAUUGGAUGAUUGAAACUUUUUAAACAGGAGGAGAAGAGAUGAUGAAAAAAACACACUUCUAAUGUUCUGAUGAAUAUACAGACACUGUGGUCACUAGUGGGGAGUAGGGUUGCCAACCCUCCCAGUCUCGCCGUGAGUCUCCCAGAAUCAGGCUCUAUCUCCUGGAAGCUAUUGAAGCCAAACCAGGAGAUUUUAGGUGCUAAAAGUCUGGCGGCGCAACGGG